UUACCUGGCCUAUCUAAUGGUGUGUGAAUCAAAGGUCUAACCUUUCACACAAAAAACUAGUAGUGUUUUUGAACGAAGGGUCUUAGUUCUUGACUCAUAUACGUUCCGAGUCUUGCCAAAAUUUCGCGAAAAAAUUUUGGAUCAAAAUCCCACAACACCCAAAGAAUUUCUUCGAUACGCUCGUCGAAUUGAAGAUAUAAAAGAUAGUUUAGCAAUAAAUACAACAUCAUCAUUCAGUCAGGAUACGCCAUCGAGUGGUUAUCAUUCAUCGCGUCAAUAUUAUAAUAAUAAUCGUAAUAAUGGUCGGGCAUAUCAACAGCAGGAUCCAAUACUACCAUCGACACCUAGGUUACCAAAACCAGCCACGAAUGUAUCAUCAUCGUCCGCUAAUAAUAAUCACUAUUUUGAACGACAAAAUGUUACAUGUUAUGGAUGCGGUCAACAAGGACA